UUUUGGUUUGGUUUCAUACGUGGCUCCUUUUGUCCAUCCUGAAUAAACGUCCCGUAACAUGAGCUUUCUUUAGGCUCACUCAGUAACACAACUCACACAGGGUCCGCCUCGAGAUUUGGACGAACCAGUUUUCCUCCUUUCUCAGUUAGAAAGUUUCCAAUGCGGGCAGAAAAAGCUCAGUGAAGGGCGAGAGAAAGACCGUGGCACGCAUCUGCUUUUUGGAGUUGUUUUUUUUUCCCUAUAUUUUGAGCUUGUUUUGACUCGACAUAAAGGAUGAACAUGUUUAGGAGGGAACGGGCCCCAGCUCGAGCCUCAGCUCAGACCCCAGAGGUUCCUCCUCGGCCCACUCCACAGGACCUGGAGAACCCCGUCACCCACAGCAUACACAAACAAGACACCGCAACUGAACAGACACAGAGGAGUGGAGUGAUGGGAGUGAUGCAGAAAGUUAACCCAUUCAAGUCUUCAUCAGCUCAGCCUCCUUCUGGCGUCUGCAAAGCUCCUUCUUCUGAGUCACUGGAAAACUGCACUGGACCCUCAGCACCGAAUCCAGGAGGUUUUCGAGGAGUGAUGCAUAAGGUGAAUCCCUUUAAGUCCACGUCACAGUCACAGGUUUCUAAAGCUCCGUCCUCUGAGAGUUUGGACCAGGAAAAAUCAGUGGACGUCAACCAGAACCCUGGUGCGUUUAAAGGUGUGAUUCAGAAAGUCAAUCCAUUCAAGACGACAACACAGAAUACAAAGAAUGACAUGACAAGUGACAAUGUUGAAACUCCAGAGAGUGAGAAUGAGCCUCAAACUGCCAAACAGAAUCCAGGAGUCAUGUCUGGGAUGAUGCAGAAGGUCAAUCCAUUCAAGUCCUCCUCACAGGCACCAAAGAAUGAUUCAACAGAAUCACAAGCGACUAACAUUCCUCAAACCAAACAGAAUCCACGAGUGUUUUCAGGCAUGAUUCAGAAAGUCAACCCAUUCAAGUCACAGCCAAAGGACCCAAAGCUCGUUCACAGUGACCUCUCGGGCAGUGAAGGAAGCCUAACUGAGAACAACAACCUGCCAGACAAAAAAAUUUCCACUGAUGAGAAUGCAAAGACUCCAGACCUGCCACCUCGACCAGAACAACAGAUUUCCAUAAAUAACCAAAAUCCAGUGCUCCCGCCGCGGCCCAAUCAGCAAAACCAGGGGGUAUUUAAAGGCAUGAUGCAGAAGGUCAACCCGUUUAAGUCCUCCUCCUCUCAGGUGCCCAGUGAGUGUCAAACUGAUUCUGCUCCAAAACGACUGUCUGCAAAAACACAGGCUGCUCAGGGUCUCGAAAGCUCCUCCUCUUCAAGUUGUGAAAGUUUAAAUGACGAGACGAUUCAACCUCACUCCAUUUGGUACACAGAUGCAGUCAGCACCGAGGUUCAACCAGAGCAGCCAAGAAAGAAGAGGACUAUGACGUUCCGCCUAAAGAGGAUACUGCCCACUGGUUUGUUUGGCUCAGGAGCACAGAAUUCUGCUGCAUCAGAAGUACAGGCCCAGACACAGGAGGCAGUGCAGAUUGAGACUCUGGAGUUUGCAGAUGUCAACAGUGAAGAAACAGCCCUAGAUCCUCUGGAUGAUGAAGAUGGGCUCCUGUCCUGGUGGAACACAGUGGAGGGUUGGAAUGAGUGGAACGAGUCGAAACAAGAUGCAGAGGCUGAAGAUGUGGUGGAACAAGCGGCUGAUCGUGUGUUCAUGGCUGCUCGCCUCUUCGUGCGUCUCUUUAACAAACGCGGUGGCUCUCUGCAACAGAAGAUCCUGGAGCUCCUGUCUAUGGCCGAUGCUGCUGACAGUUUCCAUAAGAAGACUGUGACGGCGAGCGUGGGUGGGGGUGUGGCCAGUGUGGCGGGUUCAAUCACAACCAUCACUGGGCUCAUCCUGGCUCCCUUCACCGCCGGGACCUCGCUCAUAGUGACCGCCGUGGGGAUCGGAGUGGCCACAGCGGGGGGGAUUGCUUCAGCUUCAGCCAAUAUCACAGACACAGUCCACUCCAAAACUGACCGCAAGAAAGUGGAGAAGAUGAUCCAGGACUAUCAGGAUGAGAUCAAGGACAUCAAGGAGUGCUUGGACUUUGUACAGGAGGGUAUGGAGACCCUGGAGGAGUGGAAUUUCGAACAAUAUGCCGAGGCUAUCUCCAAGAAACACCUGAACCAAAAUGUGAAGCAUGUGAUGAAGGAGGGCGGGCGCGCAGGCAAAGCUCUGGUCAUCAACACCGAGAGCCUCAUCAACACCGUGCAGGUUCUAAGCGUAGCAGGAGGAGCCGCUAAAGCUGCCCAGGUGAUGAGCGUCACCACUGGGGUCAUGUCCGGACUCUUCCUCGCUCUGGACGUCUUCUUCUUAGCCAAAGACUCAAUUGAGCUCAAGCAAGGAGCCAAGACGGACUUCGCCGUCAAAAUCCGAGAAGUGUGCAAAGACCUCCAAAGUGGACUACUGGAGCUGAACCGGAUCAAAGAAGACUUACAGAAGACUAUGGAUGGGAUUGAGGUGGAGAUAGAGGAGGAAGAGGAUGAAGAGUUGUUAAAAUCAGAUCUGAAAAAACUUAUCGAACUUGAAGAAUGAAGCCAAAAAACAAAACAAGAUAUGACCUAAGUUUUUUUUUUUUUUGUAGAAAACACUGAAGAAACUUUUAGCAUCUAGCACUUUUAGAUAUUUGAUCACUGACUUUUUAUUAGCUUCUUUUAAAUAUUUAUUGUAAUGAAUAAAGAUGAAGUUAUUUUAUUUAGUAAUACUAUUUAAAUGUCAUUAUUAUAGAUAGUGUCUACAGUAAAGCUUUAUUUCUUCAA